AUGGCACUAUCAGGCUUCCUCUUCCUCUCAUUCCGCAUUGCGCAGCUACUCACCCUCAUCCCAAUUGUGGGUAUGCUUGCGUGGUUUGUUCAUGGUUUCGUCGUCAACAACCAGCUCACACCUACUUACAUUCUGUUGCUCUUCAUCACAUCAGUUCUGGCGGCAGCGUGGACUCUUGCAACACUUGUGACCUACCUGCGCGCUCGACACUCCGCCUUGUUCGUCGCAUUAGUCGAUCUUGCAUUUGUGGGAACCUUGAUAGCCGCUGUCUAUGAGUUGCGCGCCAUCACAAACCAAGACUGCGCUCACUUCAGCAGCGGAAGCAUCUACCUCAGCCUGGGUCCCUUUGGCUAUUACGGCCGCGAGAGCGGUAGCCAAUGGGCGCUCCAUAUCAACAAGACAUGUGCCAUGCUCAAGGCCUGCUUCGCUCUCGCCAUCAUAAAUAUCAUCUUCUUCUUCAUCACUUUCCUUCUUGCCCUUCUGGUUCACAGACACCACCGUGAGCGCGAUACCGUCGUCAUUAAGAAGGAGUACCACAGCACUCGUCAUGGUCAGCGACGUUCCAGCCGUGGUAGCUACGACAGACGCAACUCCCCCCGUCGAUCCCACCACAGCAGCAGUAGACGCUAUUAUGUCUGA